AUGGGCUCCACGACAAAUGCCUCUUUCGGUCUCACCGUCUACCGCGGCACGUUCAUUCAAUUGCCCCGUUUGCCUGAUACCGGUGCUGUCAAGGCUAAGCCUGAACUUGUUCGCAACCAGGGUGCGUUAUGGGUUUCUGCUGCGGAUGGUCGUAUCAAGGGUUGGGACUGGCAGGCCCAUGACGAUGCCCGGUUCGCGGAGUUGAUGACUCGCAAUGGAUGGGUUGAUAUUGAUGUCGACGUCGAUGGCCAAGGAUCGAAGACGAAAGUGAAAAUCGUUACUGCAAGCGAAGAGAAGAAUGAAUUCUUCUUCCCCGGGUUCAUUGACACACACAUCCACGCCCCUCAAUACCCGAAUGCCGGUCUCUUCGGCUCCUCCACUCUACUGGGCUGGUUAGAAACAUAUACAUUCCCAGUGGAGUCAGGCUUCGGCAACCAACCAGACCCGAAAACAGGCUACCAACAGCAAACCAAAGCCGGAGAAACCCCCCUGGCAGCCCAGACAAUCUACGACCAAGUAAUCUCCCGCACCCUCUCGCACGGGACAACCUGCGCCAGUUACUUCGCAACAAUCCACAUCCCAGCAACAAACGCCCUAGCAACCCUCUGCAAAAAGCACGGUCAGCGAGCCUUCAUAGGCCGAGUCUGCAUGGACAACCCAGACUUCUGCCCAAAAUACUAUCGCGACUUCUCAGCCGAGGACUCUCUGACCGCAACGAAAGCAACAAUCGCCCACAUCCAAUCCAUCGACCCAACAGGCUCCCUCAUAAAUCCAAUCCUAACCCCCCGCUUCGCACCUUCCUGCACACGGCCCGCCCUCGAAUCCCUAGGCGCCCUCGCAGCUUCUUACUCCCCACCCCUCCAUAUCCAGACCCACAUCGCGGAAAACACAAACGAAGUCACACUUGUCAACGACCUCUUCCCCGAAGCGGGGAGUUAUGCUGCUGUUUAUGAUAGAUACAAUCUGCUCACGCCGCGCACGAUCCUCGCGCAUGCAGUGCAUCUAUCGAAAGACGAGAAGGCGUUAAUUGCCAAGCGAGAUGCCAAGAUCUCGCAUUGUCCUGCUUCGAACUCAGCGCUUGGAUCGGGGAUUGCUCCUGUACGGUCUUUCCUCGAUGUUGGUAUUACAGUUGGUCUAGGCACGGAUGUAAGUGGCGGGUACAGUCCCAGCAUUCUCGAAGCUGCUCGGCAAACAUGUCUUGCGUCGAGGUUACUGGGGCAUACGGCUGCCUUUGAGAUGGAGUUUGAGUGUGGGCAUUCACAUGUGAAGGGUGAGGAUGAGAAGCAGAAACAGAAGGAGAGAGAAGAUGAAGCAGCACGUGUAAAACUCUCCGUUCCAGAGAGUUUAUAUCUCGCUACACGGGGCGGUGCUGCUGUUGUUGAUAUGGCGGACGAGAUUGGUGGGUUUGAUUUGGGGAUGUUGUGGGAUGUGCAGUUGGUUCAGCUUGGUGCUGUGAAGGGAUUGCCGGAGAGUCCGUUGGAUGAUGGUGAAGGUGAUAGGGUUGAUCUUGUGAGACCUGGGCCUGUGGGUAAUGUUGAUCUUUUCGGGACGGAGACUUGGGAGGAGAAGGUUGAGAAGUGGCUUUGGAAUGGGGAUGAUCGUAAUGUUAAGGCUGUUUGGGUUGCUGGGCGGUUGGUUCAUUCAAGAGUGUGA